UAGGGUUAUAGACCUAGAAAUAACAAGGGGAAUAGUUAGAGUUCUGUCAUAUAUGCCGGCCUGAUUCCUUGUUGCUCUUUCCUGCUAUCAUAAAACUUAUCGGCCCUAGAGUUAACUACUUGGAUCUUUCGUUAUUCCAAAUAUAACCCGCUAAGCUUGUACUUAUCACAAAGGAAAAACAGCUUAGAUAGUGCAUAGUUUAUUGAUCAUGUCAAUCUUCCUCGAUAAUUACUUCAGUCUAGUAUUAGUUUAUAAACAACUAAAACUAUUCUGCUCCCUAAUCCAAUUGUAUAUUGGUUCAAUUAUUAUAUGAAGUUUCUGUUUCAUGAAAUGCAGUAACAAUAGUAAAUUUCACACUAUCUUGCAUUGAUCUUAACUUGGUGUCUCCUACCUCUCGUCUUCAGUCCUUUGGAUAAGUGCUUAAAGAUCCUACUAUGAGAGGUGGCACUUGCUGCUCGGACAAUUUCAUGUAGUUAUUUGCCAAAGACUAAAAAACAAGUCAUAUAAAUUGUAACUACAACUUCUGAAACAUGACAAAAUUAUUACCAAGGACAAUAUAAACAGUGAGAUACCGAAUUGUUGCUAUAAAUACUCAGAAGUUCGAUUUAAACUGCGUGAACAUUUUGGUACACUAGUUAGCUCAUUGGCCCUUUGUUGUGUUAUACAUGGAUUGGAUUUGGGCAACUGGGUUGUUUGCUAUUGUUUAUGUACUGCAAGCAUGGAUUUACAAAAGCAAGAACAAGAAGAUCAAGAAAUUGCCUCCCGGUCCCAGAGGAUUUCCUAUUAUCGGAAACCUUCUGAUGUUAGGAGAGUUCCCUCAUGUCGAUCUUCAUCGACUAGCCCAGAAGCACGGUGACAUCAUGUACCUGCGCUUAGGCUUGGUGCCUACCAUUAUUGUAUCAUCCCCUCAAGCAGCCGAGCUGUUUCUCAAAACGCACGACCUUGCUUUUGCUACUAGGCCACCGCAUGAAGCUGCAAAGCACAUUUCUUAUGGCCAAAGAAACUUAUCCUAUGCCGAGUAUGGGUCUUAUUGGCGCACCAUUCGCAAGAUGUGCACCCUUGAAUUACUCAGCAACCAUAAAAUCAAUUCCUUCAAGUCCAUGAGGAAAGAAGAGCUUGAUCUCUUCAUUAACUUCAUUCGAGAGGCUUCCUGUUAUCGUGCUACGGUUGAUCUCAGCGCAAAGGUUUCUUCGCUCAACGCAGCAAUGACCUGCCGGUUGGUGUUCGGAAAGAAGUAUAUGGAUAAGGAAUUUGAUGAGAAGGGUUUCCAAGCUUGGAUCCAUGAGGGUAUGCAUCUAGCAGGCACCCCCAACUUUGGUGAUUAUCUUCCUUUUCUAGCUCCAUUUGACCUCCAGGGUUUAACUAAGCGAAUGAAGGCUGUUAGCAAGGUGUUUGAUGACUUCUUUGAGAAGAUCAUUGAUGAGCACAUCGAAUCUCAGUUUAAUCAAGAAAGGAACAAAGACUUUGUCGAUGUCAUGUUGGGUUUCAUGGGAUCGAAUGAAUCCGAGUACAAGAUUGAACGCGCCAAUAUCAAGGCCAUAAUUCUGGACAUGGUCUCUGGUGGGAUAGACACCUCAGCGACGGCGAUUGAGUGGACACUUGCCGAACUCAUGAGGCACCCUCGAGUGAUGAAGAAAGUCCAGAAAGAGUUGGAAGAUGUAGUAGGCAUGGAGAGAAUGGUUGAUGAAUCAGACUUGGAGAAGCUGGAAUACUUGAACAUGGUGGUAAAGGAAAACUUGAGGCUACACCCAGUUGCUCCAUUGCUGAUCCCCCAUGCAGCCAUUGAAGACUGCACUGUUAACGGCUUCCACAUACCCGAAAAAUCACACGUUAUUGUAAAUGUGUGGGCAGUUGGGAGAGACCCUAGUGCGUGGACUGAUCCAGACAUGUUCAUACCGGAAAGAUUUGAUGGUAGUAAUAUAGAUCUCCGCGGUCGGGACUUCCAACUCCUUCCGUUUGGUUCCGGCCGAAGAGGUUGCCCUGGGAUGCAUCUAGGGCUAACUGUGGUCCUUCUGGUGGUGGCGCAACUUGUGCAUUGCUUUGAUUGGGAACUUCCAGAUAAUAUGUUGCCAACUGAGUUGGACAUGACUGAGGAGUUUGGUCUAACAGUUCCAAGGGCCAAACAUCUACUAGCCAUUCCUUCUUAUCGUCUUCGACAACAAUAAGGUUCCUGUAUGAUGUCUGUACGUAUGCCAAUGGUACUGUGCCAAUGCUUUUUUCUGGAAACAAAUAAUAUAUCCGGCCAUACAUGUUCUCCUUAAAAUAUAUUGCGAGUCGUACAGACCUUGUUAUUUGAAUAGUAGGGCUACGCCUUCGAUCAUUCUAUCCCACAUUUCAAGCCUAAAGUUCAACCAGAUUUCAGAUCUAAUAAUAACAAAUGUAAGUACCAAUCGUUAUAUACCUUGGUAAAGA